AUGGAGGGGACGAGUGCUAAGACUGGCCCGCUGACUCAGUUGGAUGCCAACAUCAUGGCCGCAAUCCUGGUGCAUCUGGAGCCGGCCGAUCUCGUACAGGGCGACGUGGUGUGGUGCACGCUCUUCCUUCGACGCUUCGGCAGCGACUUCUGGGGCGAAGCCGCCGGACCCCACCCCUACCACAGCGUGCCGGAGGAGCGAGAGAACGAAUGGGCGGCGAUGGACCGAACGCAGGUGUUUGCGGCGUACGGGGCGUCGCUGUCGCCCGCAGGCGAAGACGCGACCGAGGCGGCUGCUGCUGGCGGCGACCCCCGAAAGGGCAACUACGACCUGAACGGCUUCCUGGAGUGCACGUCGGCUUACCUGGUGGCCGGGGUGGCCGACUUUGCCUGGCUCUCCCGCAUCACCGACAUCGUGCUCAGCCGGCCCGAGAAGGAGUCUGCCACCAGCGAGCCCCCGGUGAUCUUUGACAUCACGAGCCCCGGCGGUAUCGUGCUGUGCGGCGGUCUGUCGACUGACUGGUGGCGGUGCAGCAACUGGUACAGUGACAACGGCAAAAAGAUGUUCCGUGGCCUGAACAGGAAAGUGCGCUACACAGCCGGGGAGCCCGCGGGCGUCAUCUACGUGAUCGACUGCGCCAGCUUCGAGGCCGACGAAGACUACCAGGAGCACGUCUUUCGCGAGCUGCACGGGAUGCUGGGCGAGGGCAAGGGCCAGUAUCGAGAGACGCUCUCGUUCAACCUGCACCUCCUCAACCCCGCCGAUGGCGACCUCGAAUGGCCCCUCUUCUACGCCGGACCGGUCGUCUUUGUGGCGCAGCAGCACACCGUGCCUUCGCUGGCAUCAUCAGAAGAGAGCGAAGCGGGGAGUUCGCUGCAACAAGACGUGGUGGCCGCCUUCAAGUGGUUGCGGGGCCAGCCCACGUCGUGGCCGCACUGGAACGUACCCGACAACGCCCUACUGUGCUCCCUCCACGCCGAGGCCGCACGCGGCCCGCGGCACUACUGGACCAGCUGGCCUGAGUGGCGUGCCCCGAACAACUAA